GUGACGUCGACACGUCACAGAAGGAAGUGUAACAUUUUGAUCAAAAGUUUUCAGAGAUUCGUUAAAGUAUUUUUUAAAGAUAUUACGAAAUUAAACGUACAAGUUUAAAUUUGAAGACAUUUUCGCAGUGAAAGACAAGUAAAGGACAACCGAAAGCAGUGUGGAGUAGUGGUUAGGGCUUUAGACUCUUGACCGGAGGGGUCGUGGGUUCAAUCCCAGGCGGUGGACACUGCUGCUGUACCCUUGAGCAAGAAUGAGCAUUAACUACAUCUGCAAGGAGUACAGGAAGGUCUUGGAGACAUGUCUCGAAAAAGGACAUGCCGACAUUAUCUGCAGAGACGCCUCUCUGGGAGCUACUGCCAGGAAGUUUCUGAUAGAGGCAGGGAAUGAGCUGCAUGGAUACCUGGAGAACGUGUUUGAGAUCAUCACAGAUUCCCUUUAUCGAGAGCCUUGUCUGGAGACAGGGCUGGAAAAGCUCAGGAAAGCAUUUGAAAUCCUGGAGCUGGCAUCGCUCAAUCUUUACUUGAGCCCUUGGCGACAAGAAUUCAAGAUCAUUAAGACUUACUCGGGUGUCUACAUUCACUACCUGAAACCUGUCCUGUCUGAUCACAAUAUUGUGGAACUCUUUCAGAAGAUGGGCUAUAGAAAAAAAGACAAGAAUCAGCUGGAAAUAGCCAUAUUGCCAUCUUCUGAUGACCUAAUCAAACUGGCAUGCGGUUUCUUCACAGCCCGGUCUGAGUGUGACCUCCUGUUAGAAGUGUUAAAGGGACUGAAGGGCUUCGAUGCUUCUAUUCAACAUCUGAUACCAGAGAGACUCACUAUGAAAAGCCUUGAUGAAGGUGUGGAAAACCUCAAGAAAAAGAUCUUAGCCUUGAAGAAACAAGAGCAAAGAGACCCCUGGACAAAAGAAGCUGCAGAAUCAGCAGAGCCUGCACUUGAUCUUUAUACUGAUCCAAAGCAGAAUGGAGGUGAACAUCAUCAGUCAAGGAGCACGGGUAUACAUACCAGCAGCAUAUCCGUUAAUAUAACUCCACUACAAAAUGACUGUAGUGGAUUUAAUGCUACUUCAAGAUCUGGCAUUCAGUCACUUGAACAGACACCUACUCCAGGUACCUCUUAUCCUCCUGGAGUUCAUAAGACCAAUCGGCAAGCCAGCCUGAACUCUGCUGCACACACUCCAGGAAAGGAGCACAGCUUACUUACUGAACACUCAAAGUCUGGAGCUAGUGUGAAUGCAGCUGAGAUGACAACAAGAAACACUAAUGUGGGGAUGCCUAGUAACUCUCCAGGGGCAGACCGACGUGAAGCAGAAAUAGCGACCAUUGGCAAGGAGAGAGACUGGCUGGAAGGGUUUGAGAUCUGCGCAUGUGUAACCAAAGAUUUUGUUUAUAAAUGUAAGCCAUGCAGAAUGCUUCAUAGCUGUAGUUGCAAGGUUAUGGAUAAUUGCAUAGAUUGUGAUCAUGAGAUUAUAAUGUACCAUGAAUGUGAAAACCGACGGGUGCAUGACGGGUUAAAUGUCUCUACAGAGGGGUGUCAAAAACCAGGUCACAACACCCAGUGUAUUCACGAUAAGGAUGGUAGGAAGGUCAUGCUCGAAAAUGUGGAGGAGGUCCAGCAGCAUGUUAAGCCAUUGAACUGGCAAAAGCACAGUUGCAUUUCUGCCACUACACUGUAUUGCUAUGCAUGCAUGAGUUGUUUUGAGGUACAUUCGGUAUCAUGUCAAGAGUUACUAAACUGCAGUUUGCGUCAUGAAGUAAUACUUUUAAAUAAGUGUGCAUGUAGUACAGAGUUACAUUCCAAAAGUGAUGUUGUGUGUGACAUCUAUGAUGUAUGCUUCUGCUGCCGCCGUGCAAUCUGCAAGUGGUUUUUUUACAAAAGCCCACUUAACUGUGUUUGUGGUAAACCAUAUACAAACAAAACUGAAAAAAUUUGAAAGAAUUUUCAACUCAAAAGGCCUGAAUUCUGACCACUAGUAGGACAAUAAUCUUAAUUCUGAGCAGGUCUUAAUAGAGGGAGAUCUUCAGAUUUCCUUUAUUUUAUGUACAGUAACUACUUCACAUUACUGAAUUUAAGCAAUAGUUUUAGCUAUGCAAUUAGGGGGGUGUUGUUGUACACUGAAGAACCUUUUGUUUUCAAUUUUUAUUUUAGAUCUGGGGAAAAAAAUCAGUGUUUAUUAAAAAUAAAUCAAUAAAUAAAUAAAACAGGUUGAAAUCUGUGAAAAUAAUAAUUUUCCAGGUAAAUAUUGGGGCUGAUCUGGGAAGGUCGGAAAAGCAGCUCGCUUACUUCUAUUGUUCGUGAAGGCUAACCAUCCAAAGCUGAAAUUUAACUUGUAUUUUUUAUUCAUGUACUGCAAAUAUAUCUACUGGAUGUAAUGUUAUGGAUUUUCUUGAUGUAAAUCCGUAUUUUACAUUCUUGAGGGGGAUAGCUUUUGUAAAACCCAUAUAUUUAGUUUACCAGGAACGUGUGCCUUUUUUUUUUAUUAUUAUUUGAGAAAUAUAGCACAGUGGUAAACAUAGUUUAUAUAGCUAUCGCGACAUGCUGUUAUCGAUUUAAUUGACUGCAUUAUACUGUUUCUUGCUAUUCGUACACUGGAGUGAUGUAAUAAAACUAGAAAUAAUGUUUAA